AACAGGGAUUGGGAAUCAUUGAAAUUCAAUCUAUUUAUUUUAUCAUCUGUGCCGCGGGCGUAUCGAAUGAAAAUUGAAAAUUGACUCUUGAAAAAUAUUUGUGUUAAUAUUUUUGUAAUUUAUUUAAUGAUAACAGAAAUCACGCAGUUUAAACGACAUAAAAUGUAUUAAUACAGUUUUGAACUCGAUAGUUUACUGAAUAUUCAUUGUUCUAAAGCCAUCAUAAUUGGAAGUUUUUUUUCUUUUGUAAACACGUUUGAGAUCUUUCCUAAAAAUUUUAUAUCAUACUGUUCUUGAAUAAACUAUGAGUCACUGGUUUAGCUCUAACGCAUACAAGUGAAGUGUUUCGAAUCUAAUUUGUUUGUGUUUUGAAAGAUGGCCGAUUUAAUUCGUGCUAUGGGGGCGCCGAUCGGACCCCCAGUAAAGGAUAAGUUAGGGUCUCCAUCUACAGAAUCUGAGGACGGUGGGGGUGAUAUUGCUGAACUGGCGGCAGAUUUAGAGCUGGAUGAAGCGGAUGGUCCUAGUACUAAUGGAGAAAGACAGGCAGUGCUGGCUCCACCAGAAACUGAAUGGUAUCAUGGUCGUCUGGAUAGGUACACUUCUGAAGAAAGGCUCUGGGCUGCUGGGAAACUUGGCAGCUAUCUAGUACGAGAGAGUGAUAGAAAACCUGGAUCAUAUGUCUUGAGUUAUUUGGGCCGCACUGGAAUCAACCAUUUUAGAAUAACGGCGGUAUGUGGCGACUAUUACAUAGGUGGUCGUCAGUUUGACUCCUUGACUGAGCUAGUGGGCUUCUACAGCCAUUGCUCUGACCUUCUGAAGAGAGAGCGCCUUGUGGAGCCUGUGCCGCCACCUGAACCCGUCAACGAUAAAAAGAGAGUAGUAGCAAUACUACCAUAUACGAAGAUGCCCGAUACGGACGAGCUUACCUUCCAAAAGGGAGAUAUAUUCUUCCUUCACAACGACAUGGGAGAUGGCUGGCUCUGGGUCACUGCGCAUAGAACUGGAGAACAAGGAAUGAUCUUCAGAGAGUUGGUCGAGGAUCUUGACCCUUCAAUUGAUCCGAACACCGUCUUCUCGUGGUUCCACCCUAACUGCACGAAGAGUGAGGCAGUGGACAUGCUAGUCAAGGCUGGGCCAGGGAGCUUCCUGGUGAGACCCUCGGACAAUUCCCCCGGGGACUACUCCUUGUUCUUCCACAUCAACAACCAGAUCCAAAGGUUCAGGAUAGAGAAGAAAGGUGUAAGGUACCUGAUGGGAGGACGUACCUUCGAAUGUUUGGAUGCAGUCAUCAAUAGGUACAGGAAGGAGCAGAUCGUUGAAGGCCAUACUUUGGGACAGCCGCUGAUUGCCGAAGGUCACGUGAUUGAGCCUCAACAAAGCACAACGGGCGCUGCUGCGGAGAAAAUCUACGCCACAUUACGCGAGUGCCGAGACCAAAUAGGCUUGAAGAAGACCAAGGGUAUCAAACACCAGGGCUAUUUGAACAAGAAGUCGGAUAAGGGCGCCAAGAAAUGGAAGGCGCUGUACUUUGUGCUGCUGCAAGAAGGCACGGAUACGCAUUUGUACUUCUAUGACUCGCCGAAGAGAACGAAGCCGAAGGGAUUGAUUGAUCUGUCUUGUGCUUAUCUUUAUCAGGUGCAUGAGUCGCUCUGGGAGCGCGAGUUCUGCUUCCAGCUAGUGGAGCGAGCACUUCCAUGCCUGUCCACACACACGUUCUUGGCAGCCAACUCAGCGGCCGACGAGCGCGCCUGGCUCGAGGCGCUGCGCCCGCUGUGUGUGCCGCAGCAGGCAAGACAUCAGUGCAAGGUCGCCCGAGUAGUAUGGCUCCGAGCUCUUCGUGUCCGAUGUCUAACAGCCCAUCGUCUGCCGGCGCGGCUGGCCCCGAGGCCAUACUUGCGGCUGGCGCUGGGGGCGGCACCCGUGGCAGCUACGCGACCUCGGCCCUCGCCUGAUCCACACUGGGAUGAUGAGUUUGUGUUCGAUGACGUGCCUCCAGAUGUAACUUCAUUCACAAUCACUGUCCACAACACGGGGAAGAGAGGAAAAGAAUCCGAAGUUGCAGAGUUGACUAUCGAGCUAGCGAAUCUCGCGAAUGGUGAGGAGAUUGAAGAAUGGUAUCCACUUGCGGGCAUGACGCCUAUAGGAGAGUGGGGAUCUUUAAGACUGCGUAUAAGAUACAUGCAAGAGUUGGUGAUGCCUCGAGAGGAAUACAAUCCCCUGCGUCAGUUGCUCUUGGAGCCGGGGUUGCCGGCUGUCAAAGCGUUGGCGGACCUGUGCCGCACGGAUAGACAACCUUUGGCCACUUCCUUAUUACAUGCCUUCACGGAGUGCGGUCGCGGCGCCGAGCUAGCCAGAGAGCUAGUGAGCGCGGAAGUGGCUCGCGAGACUGACCACCGCGCCAUGUUCCGCGCGGCGUCGCUCGCGACCGCGCUCGUUGACGAGUUCAUGAGGGCGCACUGCAAACCCUUCUUGCAGGCGGCGAUUUCUGAAACAGUGCAGCGAUUAAUAGAUGCGAAACAAUCAGCCGAAUUGAACCCUACGAAAAUGGACUCUCCCGACGAUGCCUGUAACAAUGCUGAAUUCUUGCUUAUGAUAUUGGACCAGAUAACGCUGUCGAUCUUCACGUCGCCGGAGGCCUGCCCUCGUGCCGUGCGGUACCUGUGCGGAGCCCUGCAGCGGGCGGCGCUGGCCAAGUGGCCCAGCGAGCGCUUCGUAAGGACACGCGUCGUAUCAGGCUUCAUCUUCCUCCGCCUGAUCUGCCCGGCGCUGGUGGAGCCGCGCGCGUGGGGGCUGGUGUCGUCGGCGCCGCCGCCGCACGCGCAGCGCUCGCUGCUCAUGGUCGCCAAGUGUCUGCAGAACCUCGCCAACCUCGUCGAGUUUGGUGCUAAGGAGCCUUACAUGGAAGUAGUGAACCCGUUCAUCCUGAAGAACAAGGAGCGUAUGGUUGUGUUCCUCGACCAGCUCAGCAACGUGCCUGACCCCGGCAACCCGCCGCCUAACACUAAUAACAACUUCGAUAUUGCGAAAGAACUAGCGACUCUGCACCACAUAUGCGUGUCUCAUCUAACAGAACUACAAGGCCUUGCAAAGACUCAGCCCGCUAUCAGGAAACUGGUGACCGUCACCGAAAUGCUCACCAAACACAAGCACAAGUAUCUUGAGAUGAUCAGAUAGGAUACAACCACGUAAACACAGGGUAACAAGCAUAGUAUCGAAGAAUCGGUAAAGGUAGCGGCAGACGUAAGUCUUCCGGUGUAGAAAUAAGGAAUUUCCCAUAGUCGUUCAUGCAUAGUCAUUGUUAGCUUUAGUCUUGUAUUACUUACUUUAAUGACGAACUACGCAUACUACAUAAUUAUUUGUUCAAGCUUAUUCGUGCCAAAACUUACGUUUCUAUGUGCGUAUUUUAUAAAGGUACCUUUAUAAUGCUAUUUUAUUUAAAAACAAAAUUACAAAAAUCCGCUCUCUAGUAUUAUAAGACCUAUUUAUUGGUUUAGUUUGUAGCAAAUUCAUACUAAAAUUUAAUCCUUUAAUUAAGUUAAUUUGAGCAUUUAUUUUAAUUAUUAAGAGUAAUCUAUGAGCAAGAUAUACGCUCUAUUUAUGUAUUUAGACAUACAGUAUUUAUUUUUAUUGAGAGGUCUUCUUUAAUUCAUAUAGCAAGCAGUCUUUUUGCUAACGUAAGAUGAUACGAUUAUAUUCUUAGGCGUCCGAGUUCGCCAGCAAUAAUAAAGUUAAGAUCAUCGUAAUUAUGAGAAUACCUCUUACUGAAAAUGCUUUAAAUUCAUAAAGAAUAGAAUUAAUAUUAAUAAUCCUUUUAUACUAUUCGAUUAUUUAGAUUUUUGUACUUUAUAGUCCGAUUAUUUUAGUAGUAUAUCUAGUUGUAGAUAACUCUAGGAGUAAUGCUCGACCAUCAUCUUAAGACACCAAAAAUGUACUAGGUAACGUGUAUGAAUGUGAUAGACGUGAGUCGUGACUCUUAGACUGGUGUUGUUUGCUAAAUUACAUUUUUGAAUGUUGCACUUACAAUCAUUGCUGUGCACCUCGACUAUAAUUAUUGAUUCUCUGUGAUAAUGUCUGAUUAUACUUUCAUGAAAAUUUGCAUUUCAUUCUGUGAUUAUUGAUUUAUUUCAAAUUUUAAUUUUGAUACUUUUAAGAUUUUACAACUGUGUUAAGGUGCCUGCUGAUUUGUUUGGUUUAUUAUUGCUUAUUUUUUGUUCAGUAGUAUUAGUAAAUUAGACAAAUCUUGAGAUGUGCCUGACUUGACUUGUUCCAUACUUCCUCCCUUUCCUCUUGCUCAAUAAAUGUGUUGUUAUUGUAGACCGUCUAUACUUCUAGUGCCAUAUAUUCUGUACUUAUAUACUUGCACUUGCUUUGUACAUCACAAUUUUAUUAUUCUGCUCAAAGAAAAGCCCACGUUUUUCAAAUAUGAGCACGCAUUAUAGCAAGCGACACAAUGCUUAUCAAAUUUUUAUAAUUAAUUUAUUUACUCCAUAGAAUUAUUUUAAACAUAAAUCAGCUAUUUUUUUUCAAUUUAUAAUUAGAAAUAAUUUUUACACAAUAUUUUUGAUUUGACUUUUAUUUUGAUGAUGAGUAUUUUAUUUAAUUGCAAAUGGAUAUUGAUUUAUAAUAAGGAAUUUCCGUAUUCCGCCUGACUUUAUUAUAACUAUCGCAAACGAAGUAAUUUGACCGGACGAUUGUACAGUGGUGGAUUAUUCUCGACACGACGCAAGACGUAACGCGCAUCAAAGCAUCGAAGUUGGUUUAUUUAUUUAGUAAUAGCUUGUAGACUAGUGGAUGUGUCGUCGCUGUAUUUAAGUGUGUUUAGCUUACGAUAGGACAAUGUCUAGACUGAUCUAAGCCCAAUUAGACAUGUUAGUAUUACGUAUUAUGCACUAGAUUUUCCACAAAAUUGUAAACAAAAAGUGAUAAGAAAUUGCAAUAUUUGGCCCAUUUGAUAAAAAUUUUGUACUGAAAUUCAGAGAUUAUAUCCAUAGCAUAGGAGUUGAUAUUGUUAAUAUUUUGAAACAUUUUACAAUGCUUAUGUUUUAUUUUAUUACAAUAUUUAGGCAUAAUGACAAAGUAUAAGCUUAUUGGAAUUGCUAUGUUAGUACAGAUUGUUCACCAAUCAAACGAAGUUAUUUGAUACAAUCAUAUUGGUUUUAUGAUAACUUAUUUGAGAAUAUUCAUAUUUAUCAUAUGUUAAUUUUGUAACUUAUGUAAUAUUUGCAAGCAUGUUCAAUAUUCACAGUUUUAUGGUUCAGCACAGUUUGUAAAGUGAUUGCACUGGUUAAUAUCUGCAUAUCACUUGGCUGAAGCUUACACUUGCUAUUUAUACAUAUAAUUGAAGGCAUUUAUUUGUUUUCCAGUUGUUCAGUUAUGAAAAAUUAAUUACAAGGUAUAUUAUAAUGGUUAGUAUUAGAUUUUGUGACUGUUUUGUAAUCUCUUUAUAUUCUAUCCCUUAGCAUUUUUCUAUUUUUAGAAACCCAGACACAUAUAAAAUAAAAUUACAGAAAAUUA